AAAGUCAACAGCACAUACAUCUGCCCACUAAUAUAUCACGUACGGCCUGACUUUCUUCCAGACAACACCUACUCCCACACAAGAAUCCACCUCUACCCCUCCAGAAUGGCCGCCUCAAACCCCGCCAUCCCGGCCUACAAAACCGCCUUCCUCGAGUCCUGCCUCUCCGCCAACGUCCUGACAUUCGGCACCUACACCCUCAAAUCCGGACGUCAAUCCCCCUACUUCUUCAACGCCGGCUCGUUCCAUUCCGCCCCACUCCUCUCGGCCAUCGCCCAGGCCUACGCCCACACCAUCGUCUCCUUCCUGGCCACCAACCCCUCCGUCCCCAAGCCCGACGUCAUCUUCGGCCCCGCAUACAAAGGCAUCCCCCUCGCCUGCGCCGCGCUCCUCGAGCUGCACCGUCUCGAUCCCGAAACCUGGGCGAACGUGUCCUACAGCUUCGAUCGCAAGGAAGUCAAAGACCACGGCGAGGGCGGGUCAAUCGUCGGCGCCGCUUUGAAGGGAAAGAACGUCCUUGUCAUCGACGAUGUGAUCACCGCCGGUACUGCUAUGCGUGAUACCCUCGUCAAGGUCGCCAGGGAGGGCGGAACGGUGGUGGGGUUCGCGGUUGCGCUUGAUAGGGAGGAGAAGAUGCCCGGGCCGAGGGAGAAGGAGGGGAUUGAUGAUGGGGAGGCGAGGGGGAGCGCGAUGGGGCAGAUUAGGGGGGAGUUCGAGGUGAGGACGGCGAGUAUUGCGACGUUGGGGGAUUUGAUUGAGUUGUUGAGGGGGAAGGGGAGUGAGGAGGAUGUGAAGAGGAUGGAGGCGUAUAGGGCGAGGUAUAAGGCUAGUGAUUGAUUGAGGUGCUCUGCAGUGUUGAAAGGGCUUUAGCAAUAAGAAAUAAGAAAGAGUGUUUAUGAUGUGGUAAUGCCUUUUGGGCUUGCCAAUGCACCUGCUUCUUUCCAAGC